AUGGGAGUAUCGGUCUCAAAGAGAAAGUUAAGAUCUUCAAAGAAGACAGACGAUCCUCGUAUCUUCUUCCUUAACAAUCUUUGUUAUGUGUUUUUCAGAUCCAUUGUCUAUCUAACACUUAUCACUGUUAUCUUCUUUUUUCUUAUAUGUCUUUGGUUAUCUUUUACCACCUUAAUCUCCGACAACGUUCUCCCUAUCUGUGUGUUGUCUUGGAAACUCAACCAUCCAUACUGUCUUACAGAUGGUUCUAAACGUGUUUUUCAAACCUCGACCAAUCUUACUACUAGAAGUGAAGUUUUUGGUAAAGAUGAAGCAAGUGGCUCUAAAGAGAAUGAAGAUGGAGAUAAAGCUUUCGGUGAUCAGACCAAGAUUUAUGGUGUGAAUGUUAUUUCUGAUUCUGAUAGUAAAGCCAAGAACAAAUCAAAGGAAGACCAAGACAAUUACACCAAACCUAAGAGUGAAGAAGAGGUAUACGCGUUAAGAGAAGUGACAAAGUAUAUCCAUAUACAAAGAUCUUGGAUAUCGACUAGGAGAAAAGUCGAAAAUCCAAGAUCCUGUGAAGGAAAAGGAGUUUAUGUUUAUGAUUUACCGUCCAAAUUCAACAGAGAUUUGUUGGUAGAUUGCAUCGAUAUGGUCCCUUGGACUAACAUGUGUAAGUUUUUCAAGAAUGACGGUUUUGGAGAACCGAUAGAGAAUCUUGGUCAAGGCUGGUUUAGGACACAUCAAUAUGCUCUUGAACCGAUAUUACACUCUAGGGUUUUGAAGCAUCCUUGUAGGGUUUACAAGGAAAGCCAAGCUAAGAUUUUCUAUGUCCCUUUCUAUGGCGGUUUUGAUGUUUUGAGAUGGCAUUUCAAGAAUGUUUCUAAUGAUGUGAAAGACCGGUUGGCUAUUGAAAUUUUGGAAUGGCUUGGAUCGAAGGAAUCAUGGAAGAGAAACGCCGGCAAAGAUCAUGUCUUCGUCCUCGGAAAGAUUUCUUGGGAUUUUAGAAGAAAUAAGUUUCAGUGGGGCUCAAGGUUCCUUGACUUACAAGAAAUGCAAAACCCUACAAAGCUUCUCAUUGAAAGACAUCCAUGGGAAGUCAACGACAUCGCGAUCCCACAUCCCACCUAUUUCCACCCUAAAACGGACUACGAUAUCACCAGCUGGCAGAAUAAAAUGAUUAGCAAACCUAGACGGAAUCUAAUUAGUUUCGCCGGAGGUGCAAGACCCGGUAACCCCAAUAGUAUCCGCUCAACGUUAAUCGAACAAUGCACACUGUUUUCCGACCAGUGCCGGUUCCUAAACUGUUCUGAUGGAAGUUGUGAUCAGCCUGAGAAUGUCAUAAAGCUUUUUCAAGACUCUGAGUUCUGUAUGCAACCACCAGGUGAUAGUCCAACGAGGAAAUCAGUUUUCGAUUCACUAAUCUCCGGUUGCAUCCCAGUGAUCUUUGAUCCAUACACUGCAUAUUAUCAGUACUCAUGGCAUCUUCCGGAAGAUCACAAGAGAUACUCUGUGUACGUAAACCAAGAAGAUGUGAAGGAAAAGAGAGUAAAUGUAGUUGAGAAACUGAUGGCAAAGACUAUAAGGGAAAGAGAGGUUAUGAGAAGUUACAUUGUUCAUCAUCUUUUGCCUGGCUUGGUCUAUGGAGACUCGAAUGCUAAAUUUGAUAGGUUUCGAGAUGCUUUUGAUAUUACUUUUGAUAAUUUAAUUGAGAAAAUCAACAAGUUGGUAUAG